AUAUGAAUUCACUUGCUGAUUUGGGAGACUCAAUUUGCAAACGGGACUAAUAAUUCCUUCCUGUCACUUCUGUCCAGUUGCAGUAGCAAAGUGAAUGAAAUUAAGUAGUGUAAAUGUUCCAGGGCAAGGCAAACCGGUCUCUAGGUCAAUGUUUAUUCAACCCAUAACAAUUCCUCUUCCAGUCCUACUCUUUGCAAAAAUUUCCCGUCAGCCUCACCAACUCCCCCACACUGGCAGGUGCUCCCCGGAACUAGGGAAGGGGCACAUCCUGCUCCUCGCAAGCUGAGGGAAAAUGGGGUGGGAAAACUGAAAAUGUGUAGGGAUAAGGAGACGUAUCAGAAAAAAGCAAGGAGAUGGAAAGUGUGGAGAACAGAGGUGCAGAGUAAAAGAUACAGAUGGGGACUUAGAUGCGGGGGUGCACUACGAGAGGUGCGGGAGUCGGCGGAAGUACAGAGCGCAGGAAGAAAGGGAUCCCGCUGGAAGGAGUGGGGAUCGCCUCCGUGGAGAGGCUUGCGGGUGGCUCGGGUGGAGUUUCCAAGCUGGCAGCAGUUGCCUCUCCCGGCAGCGCCCGGAGGGAGGCUGGGGACCGAGCCGCCAGCCGGCGAACCAUGCACCCAGUGGGGGUUGGGGGAAUCCGCGGCCUGGGAUUGGCCAUCGCUCUGCCGGCCGUGACGCGCGGCGGGCUGGCCCCUUUGUGACGUCACAAUCAGCUGUUUGAACGUUCCAAUUUGUGCGGUGAGCUCCGCAGCUGCGGCCGCACAGACUCCAAGCCCCGCGGGCGUGCGCAGCAGCUCCAAGCAUCCCGCCGCCUCCCCGCCCGGCUCCCGCGAUGCAGCCCGGCCUGUGAGCAGCCGGCCACCCGGGGACGCCCCGCGCACAACUACCUCAGCGCCACCCCCGCCCUCCGCACCCCUCCGCCCGCCGCACCGCUCCGCCUGCAGGUUUUUGCACUGCCAUAGAGCGCCCCCGUGAGGCCGCUUCCCUGCCCCACCAUGUUCCAGCGCCUCACCAGCCUCUUCUUCAGCACCCCUUCGCCCGCUGAAGACCCCGACUGCCCCCGUGCCUUCGUCUCCGAGGAAGAUGAAGUGGAUGGCUGGCUCAUCAUUGACCUGCCGGACAGCUACGCGGCUCCCCCCAGCCCCGGGGCCGCCCCUGCCCCCGCGGGCCGCCCUCCGCCCGCGCCCUCCUUGAUGGACGAGAGCUGGUUUGUUACCCCUCCCGCCUGUUUUACCGCAGAGGGGCCCGGCCUCGGGCCUGCCCGCCUCCAGAGCAGCCCCCUGGAGGACCUCCUCAUCGAGCACCCCAGUAUGUCCGUUUACGUCACCGGCAGCACCAUAGUGCUAGAGCCUGUGCCGCCUUCCCCGCACCCAGACGCUGCCCUGCCUGACACCGACCUCAGUGACGGAGAGUUGGCACCCGCCCGCCUCGAGCCCCGGGCCCUGCACCACGCCGCCGCUCCCCUGCCGGCGCGAGCAGUGCUGCUGGAGAAGGCGGGCCAGACGCGGCGACUGCAGCGGGCCCGACAGCGGGCUGAGCGCCAUGCGCUGAGCGCCAAGGUAGUGCAGCGGCAGAACCGCGCCCGCGAGAGCCGUCCACGCCGGCCCAAGCACCAGGGCAGCUUUGUCUAUCAGCCGUGCCAGCGCCAGUUCAACUACUGAGUGUCGGACAGCCGCACCAUCAACCUGUCGUCUCUCUCAGUUCCCGUCUGUCCCCUGUGCAGCGGCCAGUGUGCUGUUUGAGGGGCUGCCAGUCGCCUGGGACUGGAUACCACACCCUCCCUCAUCCUUAAGAGUAUGAGGUGGAGUGAUGGCCCUUCCUUGCCUCCCUCGAUUUCCCCAUCUUUGAUCAUCUAAACCCACCUCUGCCACCUUCAGGCUCUCUCCUCCUCCCGCACAGCAUUAAUCCUCCAUCCUUUCCACUACUGGUACUCCAUCUUCCUUCUCUGGCCCCAGCCCUGUCUCUCACCUUUGCCUUGGCCCACGCUUCUUUUCUGAGAGCCUCUUCCACGCUGACUUGGCUCAUUCCUCACCUGCAACUUGCACCUUACAGGACUCAUUCUUUCCUGUGUUUGGCAUUACACUCCUGUCUCCUUAUUGUUUGUUCCCAGUAGUUUCCUCCCAAAUGCAAAAAGGGAGGGGACCCUGAGCCCACUCAGACCAGGGAAAACCUGUGCUACCCCUGUCACUCUCCUCGCCCUUCAGAAGUCUGGCUCAGUCUUACUUUUAUCUCUCUCUUUUCUCUGCCUAGGGGGCGGGGCUCCUUUAGAGGCUGCUUUUAGGCCUGGAAAGGUAAAGUAUGUGAAAGAGGAUAGUGAGAUGUGAGUUGGAAGGAGAAGGUGAAGGGAGUCGAGGGAAUGAGGCAUUCCACUGGAGAUGCAGACAGGAUGGAUUAGGAAACUGUAGGGAGCAGGGCAUUAUGGGAGCUGGCACUGUGCUUGCUCAGAAGGCAAGUCCUGCUCUCAGGCUGGAGCCUGGAGUCUGCUGCCCGCUUCCCUUUCCUAUAAUCCUAUUCCCAUGUCUUUUCCUGAAAUUACCUACCCUGCUGCAGGCUCCCAAGUCUGAAGGGCUUUAGUACUUUGCUACCUACCUUGACGUGCCACUCCAGGAGCAGAAGCUGGGAAAGGCUCUGCCAUCCAGACCAAGAGUUCACGUGCCCAAGGUGCUAGAACUAGGCUAGGAGAGAUACAGGCCAGAGGGCUUUUGGGGUAGGGAAAGGGCACACACCCCAAGGUAAGAAUGCAGCAGAAUGGUGCUGAAGAGGAUAAGCUGUGGUGUGAAGCCAUAUCAAGACUGACAGCUCAGCUUGUCCUUGGCCUUUUCUUUCACACCCUGCUUAGUAUGGCUAACAAACACUCUUGGGUAGGAGGCCAGGAGCCCCACUGUUCCGUUCCCCAAAAAUCCCUACGAGGGUUCAGGACCUUCAAGGGUCUCACUUUCUCUCAUAGGGCUCUUCCUUUCUAGGCUUCUGGGGAGAAAUGGGUGCCUGUGAACUCCUCCCCUUUUCCUUUAGUAAGUAUCUAAAGCAAGGAACCUGAAUCCUUGGGUGAGCAACUAGGGACAGGGAAGGCUGACUUCCCCCUUCUUGUGGUCUGACUGAUUUUUGGGCUCAGACACCAGCAACAGCCUCUUGGGAUGCCCUGAAUUGCUUCCCAUUCUCUUUCUAGCUGUCUUUUUCUAGCAGUGUGCUUUCUUCCUUGAAAUUUUUAAGAUUUCUUGUUACAUACUAACAGGUCUUCCCUUUCACCCCAAUUUUAGGUUUCCAGGCCUCACAGCCAAGCUGGGGUUGGAAAAAACUGCAUUUCUAUUAGGGCAAAGGUAGCUGCCCUCCCUGGCUGUAUAGUCCCUGGCCUCAUGGCACUUGGGAAGGGAGGGGGAAUCCCCACAGCUUCUGGGGUAGGGGUAGAAGCAGCCCUUCUGUGGUCUCCUAUCCCAAGGAAUAAGCCAAAUUGACAUUAUAAGCAAAGUCUCCCAUGCUAGUUUACUAGAACCCUAGUAACUGAAAACCUUGCUCCUCUCCCCAAGUUCUGUAGUUAUAACCUGUAUACUUUUAUUCUUCCAGCUACCCCUUGAUUACAUCACAGCCAGCUUAGGGCCUUUAGCACUUCCAACAGCUAGAAUGAACCCAACCCUUCUUGCUACUUCUCAUUACCAGCCAGGGCCGAUGCUAGUCCUGGGCAGUGCCCACGAUCCUGCUGGUAGAAGACUGAUAGGGCAUUUUGGCUCAAAUUUCUAAAGGCCCUGCGCCUUAUCUAUUUCUGGAGGUUCCUAUAGUUUUAGAACCCCCCAGUCUCUCACUUGGCUAAUCAAUUGCAAGGUUCAUAUUUUUUGUACUUUCCUAUAAAUUCUGUAGCAUUUGAGUGUGGCAAUAUUUUAAUUGUGUAUAGAUUUCUAAGAACCAACACUACUCAGUCUCCUGCUAGUCUGACUCCUGAAGCAUCAGACCUUGUCAUACUAUAUUGACUGUGUAUGUGCCUUUCACCUUGAGCAUGCUUCAGGAUUUUUUUUUAAACCACAGAACUUGAAUAAAUGAGGGAACCAGAAUUCACAAAGUCCUAUGCAACCUUAGACAGGAGGGCACCAGAGUCUGUAUUAACUGAUGUUUUCAGAGACCCUGGAGAAGUCUAUACCAGUGUUUGAGUAUUAAUGUCAUUACUACCAGCACUUUGCCAAAACUAAGGAUGUUAGACAGACCUGUUUCUUUUAUAUCAGAUAGUGACUUCCAGUUUUUCCCAGUAAAUCUUGAGUUGUUCCCUCAAGCUGGGUGUCACUAACCUUUGCCAGAAUAGUGCUAGAGGGUACUGUGUGUAUGAGUGUAGUCUGGUGCUGUUAUGGAAUAUGCCUGCUCCCCAGCCCCCUGCCUGGAACCCUAGGAUCAACUUGCUGUGACCCAUAAUGUCUUAGGUGCAACAAGGAACCCACCGGAGCUCUUGGACGCCUCCCCCAGAUUCAUGUAGCUUUGUGUGAGGGGACUGAAUGCAGACACAACGUAGCCCACUUCUAAUACCCUCCCUCUUACCUUGCCACCUAGUUCGAAAUAGAACCAACAAGUUGAGUGCAUCCCUGUUGGGGGUUUUGUGUUGAGACUGGCUGAAAUGAAGAGACUUUGGCUGACCACGUGAUGAUGGGCUGACAGACUCAAGGACACAACCACCUCAACCUGGUCAUGUGGCAUGCCUGCGUAUGUGUGUAACAGGAUUCUGAUUAGAUUGCAAUGUUAUUCCUUUAUGGGAGAAAAAAUUAAUAUAAACAAAUAAAAAUCUAUUUAAAGCACA